AUGCACAUCACCAGGCGUUCCGAGAGCCUCAUGCAGCUUCACCCUCCCGCGCGGGCGUGGAAGCAUCUGGGGAACCUGGUGGGGAACCCAAUGCCAUCGCUGGGCUUGCCCGCCUCCUUCGCCACCGCAACACGGCCCCAGGAGGCGCAGUGCGGUGGCCGACAGGGGGAGCAGUGCCAGGAACGAUGCAGUGAGGGAGCGCCCAGCAACCCCCCCAGCUCAAAGCCCAGCGGCGGGAAGGAGCUGGAGCGAGGGAGGGAGGGAGGCGCGCGGCGGCGCGGAGCCCGGCGCAGGGGCGGGAGCUGGGGGCGGGGCGGCCGGGCGGGGCGGGGCCGGCGGGCAGAGCGGCGAGCGCCGGGGGAGCGCGCCCGGGGAGCGAGGAGGGAGGAGCAAGGGGAGCGCGGGCAGCCGCCCGCCCCCGCCCCUGCCCCUGCGCCGCCCGCGCGCAACAGUUCCCCCAAAGUUGCUGGCCGGGAGGCGGGCGCGCCCGGGUGGCCAAGGGCCGGGCAGCUGGCCGGGGACGCGGCCCAGCGCGGAUAG